UGGUGACGUCCGCAAGCUUACACAACUGAUCUCCAUCUCUCUUCGCCUUCCCAGGUUAAAAUAUAUCAUCAAAUUUUCAUCUCUCCCAACUCCAGAUUUUGCAGAGAUGAAUAGGGUUAUGAAAGCCACCAUUUUCAAUCUUCAAAGCAACCAUCUUUCCCGGAGGGCAGCCCUUUUUCACUCCACCCCUGUCCUCGAAAGCAAAAGGCGUUCCCACUGGAAAUCCAGCAAGAAGCAUAAAAAGCAGCAUGGGAAAAGAGAAGUAUUACGUAAUCUCAAUGCUUAUGCAGACUACAUAUUACAGGGAUGGAAAGAUCGGUUUAAGGAGGAUGAUGAUCCAUCAUCAAUGAGAGGCCCAUCAUGGUUCACAAAGCAGUACCAUGGAGGAUCCGGGAGGGAGGGGCCUCAGUGGCCUGGCAGUCAGGGACGCCGGCAUUGGGGUAGAAGAGCAUUUGAGUUUUGUGAAGAUGAUGACGAUGAUGAUGAUGUUGAGACUAUAUUUAGAUCAUCAUUUGAUGGGGGUCGAUUCUUUUACUUUUCCUUCAUUGAUGAAGAGAGUCCUCGAUGGAGGAGUUCAUUUGGGUACUCUAAAAACCACAGGAAGUCUUGGAACUGGAGAUACCAAGAUGAGGAAGACUAUUAUGAUUCCUCAUCAGAAUCUGAGAUGCCAGAGAGUUCAGACCCAGAUAUGGCUUCAGAUCGGUUGGCCCUUGGACUAAGAGCUUAUGGUCCCAUAACACUUGAAGAUGUCAAAACUGCAUAUCGAGCAUGUGCACUGAAAUGGCAUCCAGAUCGGCAUCAAGGCUCUUACAAGCAGGUCAUUGCCGAGGAGAAGUUCAAGCUUUGCAGCUCAGCAUAUCAAUCUUUAUGCGAUAAGUUGGCCGUGAAUUAAGGAUUCUCCAAGGAAGGUCUCCUUAUUUACUCAACACCAGUGCAGUUAACCAGAAAUUUAACAUUUAUCAUUGCAGUUGAACAACUUCUGCAGUCUAGCUUUUUCGAGAAACGGUGCCAUGGCACCAGCAUUGUCUAUAUACUUUUCUCCAUUAAGGGGAACCAAGCAAUGAUGACCAUUCUAUGUUGGUCAUUCAAUGUGAUGUUUUGUAUUCUAUAUAGGGUUCUAGAAAGUCAUAACAUUCUCACUAUUAAAAUUUAAAAAUGAUA